AUGGAAGCUGCAUUACGUGGAAUUGAUUCAAACAAGAUAGACGAUAGGAAACGCUACGACAUGAGUAAUGACGUGAAUUUUGUUGAUGAUGGGAACACCAUGGCAUUCAACGAAAUGUAUACCCAAGGCUUUGACUCCCAAGGAGCUAACUUCAACUUUGACGAAACUGACGACUUUUUGCAAUCGAUAUCUGGUGUUUUGGCAAGCUCCAAAGUGGAACCGUUACAGCAGUCUAAUAAUUUUACCACUUAUAAUGAGAAUCUUUUAUCGCCAUCUUCAAUCAAUGGCGAGGAAAUCGUGUUUCCCGAGUAUCUCGCUAAUUUAGCAGAACAGAGUGGUAAAAACAACAACCACAAUCACAAUUACAAUCAAACCUUGCAAGAAUCGAGCUCAGAGGAUGAUAAGGUUAGGUCACAUUCAUCAUCUGUGGUAACAUUUAUCGAUAACACAACACCAUUGUCCAAUCCAUCAGUUGAAACCUCGGGCUUCACUUCGCCCGAGUCCGUUGUUAACCACGUACCAGAACAACCAGCUAUCAAGAAAAAGUCAGUAUCUACCAACUCAAAGGUUACCAAGCCAAAAGGAGGUAAAGAUAAGAGCUCUCAUAAUAUGAUUGAGAAGAAAUACAGAACAAACAUUAAUUCAAAGAUACUCAUCUUGAGAGAUGCAGUACCUUCAUUGAGGAUUGCAGCUGGCUGUGAUGAUGUUUCAAUAGCUGAUCUCGAUGGAAUUACACCUGCAGCCAAGCUAAACAAAGCUAGUGUCUUAACCAAAGCCACUGAGUACAUCAAGCAUUUAGAACAGAAGAAUGCAAUUUUAAAAGACCAAAAUUUAUACUUGCAACGGGUAAUUCAAGAAGCCAACUUGAAUCAAGGAGCCCUGAUCAAAGUGGCAUUCCCACAACCACAACCACAACCACAAUCUCAAUCACAGCCUCAAUCUCAAUCUCAAUCUCGAAUGAUAUCUCCUCCAUUGAAAGAAGGUCAACAAGUGGCGAGAAGCCGAAGUGCUCAGGACAAUUAUAACGAGCAGCAAUUUAUUCAAACACAAGUUGGCCCUGUACAACAACAACAACAACAACAACAAAAGCUGCAGCAAGAACAUCAACAGCAGCCACAACAAGAGCAAGAGCAACAGUUGAAAGAACAACAACGACAGCAGCAACAGCAGCAACAACAACAACAACAACUAAUAGAUCAACAGCAAAUACAGCGACACCAGCAGCAGCAGCAGCAGCUCGAGCAGCAACAACAACAAUCCGGAAAUUCAAGCCAGCCCAGUAGAUUUUUAUUAGGUGGAAUGGCAGCAGUAAUGGGUACUUCUUUGUUUGGAGGUGCUGGAGAAAACGAUUUCCGCAGUUUGAGCGCGUUGCCAUUUGCUUCUUACCUAUUUCCUCAUGCUUUACUCGAUCCUUCUUCUAUGGUUGUACGAUUGUGGUGUUUGACUAAAUUGGUAUUAGUAUUUGCAAGUGUAUUGACUAUUGUUUUACCCGUGGUUAGAGACUACGUAGAGAAGUCAGAAGAAAAGAAAAUUCAAACUAGCAGUGCUAGUGCUGCAAUUAAUUGGUUGUUUGCUGGUUUAUACUUGAGAGCACCUAUAAGGUUAACACCAUCACGUCGUGAAAAAAUACUUGACAAUUUAAGAGGAGGUAAAAGCUGGGGUCAAAUGACAAUUGAUUACAUUUUUUUGACAAACUGUGAAGCUAAUUUUGAAAAUACCUUUUUGCAAAUGUUGAUUGAAACGAUAUUGAAGAAUAAGUUCAGCCAAGUUUCCACUGUGGCAAACUACAUUCUGAAGAAAAGGGCUUUGCUGAUAACAAAUCUUGAGUAUUGUGGAACUGACAAAUCUGUCCAAACUUUGAACAAAUUGGUUGGUGAAAUUGAUGGGUCGUCUAUCUUUGCAAGCAAGGCAUUGCUGACCAGAUUGACUAAUAUUUUCCUUGGGCAAACUCUUAAUGAUAGUGUUGAGAGCCAACUCAACAAAGACAAGUAUGUUGAGGUUUACGAACGCAACAAGCUGGACUAUUUCUCGUUAGUUUUGCAAUUGAGACUUUUGGAAAUAAUCGAGGAGUUGAAUGUAACUUAUUUGGGCGAUAUUAAGGAAAAUAAUAGUCAAAUUUUGAAAGAUCUCAAAUCGCUUGAGCCAUACAUUCCUCAUGGGUCCUUGGUACACACUUACCACAACCUUUUCAGUGUUGUUUUGAAUGCCAACCAAGCACCGGUUUUGCUUAAUGGUUUGAAGCAUGAUCUUGCUACAAAAUUGGUACAGUACUUGCCCGAGGAGAGUCACGACUCAAGUGAAAGCGGAAUCACCGACGAUGAAAUGGAAGAAGAGAGUGGGUACUCAUUUAAUAGCCAAGCAAAUUUGAUUAAAUCUUUGAAACUAGUUUCGAAACAACAGUUUAUUAUCUUACUAUCUUCAUUGGUUGUUUACUAUCACAAUAUUGGCGAGUAUUCAAACGAAAUUCACAUAACAAAGUAUUUUAAAGACUUGACUACAUCAAGUUUCGACUUGUUGAUUUUUACUGGAUUAAUUACAAUGGUUAAGAAAGUGAUACCAGGCUCGGUUGAGGAUAAUUAUUAUUUGGGCGAUAUUGUGAUUAUGCUUAGAAAAUGGUUGAGGGAGAAUAAAGACGUUAUGAGUUUGGAUGUUUAUGAUAGGUUGACAGAGCUACUUAUUCAUAAAGGAAAAAUUAUGAAUGGGAUAGAAGUUGACGAUGAGGGAGAUGAUAGCGAUGAUUAA